UGCCCCAUCGUUGGUGUCCGUGGGGGGAGGAAUAGUGUCCCAUCUUUGGUGUCAGUAGGAGGAAUAGUGUGGUGGGGGGGGGAUAGUGCCCCAUCGUUUGGGUCAGGGGGGGGGAGGAAUAGUGCCCCAUCGUUGGUGUCAGUGGGAGGAAUAGUGUCCCAUCUUUGGUGUCAGUGGGGGGGAGGAAUAGUGCCCCAUCGUUGGUGUCAG